AGAACAGGUACAUCUGAAGAAGAGACACAUGAGAGUCCACACAGGAGAGAAACCAUUUGGCUGUGAUGUUUGUGGGAGAAGAUUCACAGAACAGUCAGGUCUAAAGACACACAUGAGAAUCCACACAGGAGAGAAACCAUUUGGCUGUGAUGACUGUGGGAAAAGUUUUAAUCGUCAGUCAAAUUUAAAGAUACAUAUGAGGAUCCACACAGGAGAGAAACCAUUUGGCUGUGAUGACUGUGGGAAAAGAUUUAAGCGUCAGUCACAUUUAAAGUUACAUAUGAAAGUCCACACAGGAGAGAAACCAUUUAGCUGUGAUGACUGUGGAAAAAGAUUCACAGAACAGGUACAUCUGAAGAGACACAUGAGAGUCCACACAGGAGAGAAACCAUUUGGCUGUGAUGUUUGUGGGAGAAGAUUCAGAGAACAGUCAAGUCUAAAGACACACAUGAGAGUCCACACAGGGGAGAAACCACAUGGCUGUGAUGACUGUGGGAAAAGUUUUAAUCGUCAGUCAAAUUUAAAGAUACAUAUGAAAGUCCACACAGGAGAGAAACCAUUUGGCUGUGAUGACUGUGGGAAAAGAUUUAAGCGUCAGUCACAUUUAAAGAUACAUAUGAAAGUCCACACAGGAGAGAAACCAUUUCGCUGUGAUGACUGUGGAAAAAGAUUCACAGAACAGGUACAUCUGAAGAGACACAUGAUAGUCCACACUGGAGAGAAACUGUUUGGCUGUGAUGUUUGUGGAAAAAGGUUUUCAAUACAGGGAAGUCUGAAGAACCAUAUGAGGAUCCACACAGGAGAGAAACCAUUUGGCUGUGAUGUUUGUGGAAAAAGGUUUUUAAUACAGGGAAGUCUGAAGAAACACAUGAGGAUCCACACAGGAGAGAAACUGUUUGACUGUGAUGCCUGUGGGAAAAGAUUUAAUGACCAGUCACAUCUGAAGAGACACGUGAGAGUCCACACAGGAGAGAAACCAUUUGGCUGUGAUGACUGUGGGAAAAGAUUUUCAGAUCAGUCAAAUUUAAAGAUACAUAUGAGGGCCCACACAGGAGAGAAACCAUUUGGCUGUGAUGACUGUGGGAAAAGGUUUUCAAUACAGGGACAUCUGAAGAAACACAUUAGAGUCCAUACAGGAGAAAAACUAUUUGGCUGUGAUGACUGUGGAAAAAGAUUUUCAGAACAGAGAAGUCUGAAGACACACGUGAAAAUCCACACAUGAGAAAAAACAUUGGACAUUGAGUGUUAACCAGCAGGUACAUCUGCAUGGACACUUACUCAGGUCAGGGUGCAAACAUUUGAAAGAUGUAACUCCGGUGCUGUUAAUGAACUGGAGUGGUUAUUGCACCAUAGGGAGGCUCUGUGACCCAUAUCAUAGGGCCGUCUCAUUGACUUCUGUGUAUAUGCAUUUCUGCCUUUCUGAAUUCAAUCAGUGUAUCUUGGUUGGGUUCCCACCAGCCUCCUUCCCCUCCCUCUGGUUCUAAGUGAGGUGGUU